CCCCUCCUCCGCCCAGUCAUCUGUCCCCCAGUCAAAGCUAGACCAGUAGUUUUCAACGACGGCUGGGAAGCUUUUUUAAAAAAUGUGUCUCCCCAGAUGGGUCCUGGGCAUCCAGGUGCUUCUCAUGUGCGCCAGGGUUGAUAAACUCCGUUCUAUAUUCAGGUACUUUUGUGGUUGAGACAGAUGAUUGUUAACACCUGCCCCCAAAUUCUUUGGGUUGUUUCCUGCAAGCCCUGUGAAGCAGAACUCAGGCCUCCAGCGGCGGCUUGUCCAGACCUAAAGGUGUUUCCUGAGGGCCGAUGCGGCCCCGCCUCGCAGGUAGCUCUGCAGACGACCGAGACCCGCAGCGGACAGACGCGACGCUCCCUCCUGGCGCGCCCGGGCCUCCAGCGGCCAGCUCCGCCGCGCAGCCCGUGCCGGAUGCUGACGGCCGCACCAAAGCAGUAUGGUUUCACCUUAAGUAACUUGGAAAAAAGAAGCAAAAGGGAUAAUGUCUUACGUAUCUGUUUACAGCAGAAAGAACACACUGGAUGUCCUAUGUGCGGGUCACCUGACAUAGUACUCUGGAACAAGUUCAGGCCAGAGACGAAAACGGAGGAAAGACGGCUGCAAGUACCAGGCCGGUGCAGGAUAGAUGUUCCAUCUGUGGUGAGUGUCGCUAACCCCACUUUGCAGAUGAUGAAACCAGAGCGUAAAGAGGCUGCUCACUCUUCCAAGUCACAGUGCGGGCAUUUGGUCCCAGGACUGCCCAUCUCCAGUACGAACUCCCUAUACUUCUCUCUUCUUCUGAAAAUCUAUCUCUGUCUUGAUCCCUAGGUCUUGAAAGAAGAAAAGUUCUUUCAACCCAAAGCUUCCUCCCCAGUCUUGAUCUAAGAUUCCUUCUGUCUCCCACUUUAUGUCACCCCCUACCCUCCCGCCUCCUUCCUCUGUACAUGCAUCCGGUGUGCCCUGCUUCCCCAACACAAUCCUGCCUCAUCUGCUUCCUUUGCUUCACUAUCAACUUGUCCAAAGGAAGAGUGUCUCAGUUUGACCCAUCUAGUCACCUAUUCCCUGGGCAAAGCCUCAUUCUCUUCCCUGGUUCUGCAUUUCCUUGGGUCCCCUUUCCUUCCUGGAUGGGCACCAUGUCCACCUCUUCCCCUAUAGUUUCUCGGUGCCUGGGAUAGCAUCCUGAAACGCAAUAGUGAUGGUGAUGACCUCACACUGACAACUGGGCCAAAACCAGACAAACCCUUCCAGGGGCCAAAGAGAUGGCUGAAGUAGGGCUCCCAGGGAAAUUCCUUUGGGCUGGAGUUCUGUUCAGCAUAAUGACAACACACUAUUGCUAUUUUUAGAGCAGUGAUUACCAAAUGGAAAUACCCUACUUCACCAGAGACUGAGAUCUGAAGUCACUUGCUUCGUAUCUAAAUGUCAUUCGAAUCUCCACCGUAACCAAGGCUCUGAUCAACAGAAACACAUGACUACAAGCUAGGGGAUUCAAUUCCUGUUUUUUCUUCCUGUUUGUCCUCUGCUAACAUAAAAAAAAAUAUACCUAAAAGAAACUUCUUGAUAUUGUUAUCCUGAUAGUAUAUUACUACUACAUAUGUGGAAAUGAGUUAAAUGAAACAAUAAAUAUUUUUUGAGCUGUUGGCAUCAAAUGCCAUCAGUUUUUAAAAGGCAAGUAAAUAACAUCUGGGCACAAAAUCUGUAUUUGAUGGCAAAGAUCCCUUCUCUGGGUAAUUCCAUUCUCCUACCCUCUCCACUGAAAUGUCUACAGGAAUUUCCGUAAGUUGGUAUUAGUAAGCUUUUGUCUAAUGUUCAUCUGUAUUGGUUCAUUCCUUCAUUCAGCAAAUACUUAUCAAAACUCUGCUUAGUCCUUGGGCAAGAUAGAUACAGUGUCUCACCUUCAGAAGUAUAGUCUAAUCUGGCACUUACAAUUCAGUAUGAUGGGGGCUGGACAAGAUAAAUGUAGGAUGUGGUUGGAAUAUUUACACAGACACUCCCCCCAGACUUGGGGGUGACUGGUCAGGGACAGUUUCCAGGAGAAAGUAAUAUCUAAGGUAAAACCUGACUGCAUUAGAUGGAGCUGGAGAGGUAAAGUGAGGGGAGGGGUUGUCCCAAUAAAAAAGAAAGCAUUCUAGAAGACUCAUAUCAAGAGAGAAAGAGACCUAGAGACAGAAAGGAGAGAGGUUUAGGGAACUGAAAAAGAAGUUCAUUCUUAUUGGAUCAGAGAAGAAGAGAAUGGAGAGAGACUUUCAUCAUCAUCAUAGCUAAUACUUUAGGUACAUAAGGUGGGUGCCAUUGUUACCCCAUUUUACAGAUGUGGGAACUGAAGCACUAGAAGUUUAAAGUAACUUGCCCAUGGUCAUCCAGCCAGUAUGUAGCAGAUCCCAAUGCAACCCAGUAUGGGUGUCCUUAACAGACACAAUACUGCCUCCCAUCCUGCCUUUGACAUAAUCUUCCACACUCCUUCACAGCAAUGGUUUGGCAGUCCCAAGAGAAAAGAGUAGGUUGAGGCAGUGAUAUUUAGUGGGAAGACUUUGUGGAAAUCUUAACCGAAGAAAGCCUGCCCUCCCUCAUGUGUUCCCCUCUGUAAAUCAGAUUAAGGUAAAGGUACUGCUCUUCUGAGGAGAGUUUUCAUUUAAAUCGGGGGGGAGGGGUAGGAGGGUGGACAACAAGUUUUGAGUACACCAUCUGGUAGGGUGGGACAAAGGGAAACAUUUUGGAGGCAUCUUUUUGGCAUAGAAGGGUUGGUAUGGAUCACUAAACUCAAUUUUUUAUUAGGGAAUGACUUAGGCUUUUGAAAGUUGCACAUUAGAAGGUCCCUCCCCACCCCCCAAUACUAAGGACAUAAGUGAAAAUUUCUCAAGUUGACUCUAGAAGUGAGUUGGCUUAUUCAGAGGUAGCUGGGUUUUGUCUAAUUCAGUGACUGAAC